AAGGUCCACCAGUGAUCUACUGUGUUCUACUUGAUAAGCUUGUCUUCAAAGUAUCAUUUGAAUGCAGUUAUGUUUUUAAUCCUUUUCACCAAUUAAGGUUUUUUUUUAUGUAAAUGGAGAAAUCGGAAAUACUGCCUGAAGGAAACCUUCAUGUGAAAAAAAUCUUUGUUCCUCUGUUUCUGCUCAAAGAGUAAGGGAAAAACUUUGCUAGAGGAUUUGUUUUUAACCACACUUCUGAAGAACUGUACAAGCUCCAAGAGAAGCACAGUUUUGUUGGUUUUUUUACAUAGCAUACUUAGUGCACUUUGUCGCCAGCGAGAAAAAUGAGUAAGAAACUGGAAAACAAAAGAAAGGGCAAGAAAAGAAAAAGUCAAGAAAUGUCUGCCAAUUUAAAGUACCUUUCCUUGGGCAUCCUGGUUUUUCAGACCACAAGUUUAGUGUUGACCAUGCGCUAUUCUCGGACACUGAAAGAAGAAGGCCCUCGUUACUUAUCCUCUACUGCAGUAGUUAUUGCUGAACUUCUGAAGAUUUUGGCCUGUGUUCUAUUAGUCUACAAAGACAGCAAAUGCAAUUUACGGACUCUGAACAGAGUGCUACACGAUGAAAUCCUUAACAAACCCAUGGAAACUCUUAAACUUGCUAUUCCUUCAGGAAUUUACACUCUUCAGAACAACUUGCUAUAUGUAGCACUGUCAAACCUAGAUGCAGCCACAUACCAGGUUACAUAUCAACUGAAAAUUCUCACCACAGCCUUGUUUUCUGUGUCCAUGUUGAGCAAGAAGCUGGGUGUAUACCAGUGGCUGUCACUAGUAAUAUUGAUGACAGGAGUGGCAUUUGUGCAGUGGCCUUCAGACUCUCAAGCAGCACCUGCUAAGGAGCACUCAGCAGGAUCACAGUUUGUAGGCCUGAUUGCAGUUCUCAUAGCGUGCUUUUCUAGUGGAUUCGCUGGGGUUUAUUUUGAGAAAAUUUUAAAGGAAACUAAGCAGUCUGUGUGGAUCAGGAACAUUCAGCUUGGAUUUUUUGGUAGCAUAUUUGGACUGAUGGGUGUUUACAUUUAUGAUGGAGAACAACUGUCAAAGAAUGGAUUUUUUCAAGGAUACAAUAAACUUACUUGGGUGGUGGUUGUUCUACAGGCACUUGGAGGCCUGGUGAUUGCUGCUGUUAUAAAAUAUGCGGACAACAUUUUAAAGGGAUUUGCAACUUCUCUCUCUAUUAUACUGUCAACGUUGAUCUCCUAUUUCUGGCUGCAAGAUUUUGUCCCUACAAGGUAAG